AAAAUGUUGUGAGGCCUUCUUUGACAUCGAUUUAAACUCGCGCCUAAAGUAUUCUACUUUUACCAGUUCUGGCCAUGGCUUUUUUUCGCAAACUAUUGGCCAUUUUGGCAGUGGUUGCCGUUUUUACCCACGUGACACUUGCACUGGAGUUUAUGGACGAGGGCUCUUUCGGAAACGACGAGGUUCACCACUUCGACGAGGAAGCCUCCGCGGAAGUGCCUGGAGUUUUAACUGGUUACACGAGGGAUACGAUCGCCCAUUUCAAUCCGCGGAAAUCGGAUGCGGGAUUUCGACAGCUAUGGGAACGAGUUCCUCUCCAAAAAGCCGAUGUGAUUAAGCGGAGAUAAAUCUACUUGUUGAUACGUUAACGUACUCAAAGUCAUAACCAAAUAACGAAUAUUCUUAAAACCGAUCAAAAUGUUAGAAACACAUUCGAAUCUGACAAAUACUUUAUUUAGGCACUAGAUCUUCUUUAGUAAAUAUUCAUAAAUUAAAUAUCAAUUUGUUUACAAUGUGA